AUAAUUCUGGAAAGACUGUACUGAUUAAAGUGAAUCAAUCAAUUAUCUAUUGUUUGUGCUAUGUUACCCACGAGUAUUUUAAAUGUAGUAGACAAAAUGUUUAGUGAAUAAUUUCGUAAUAAUUUACAAGAUGGUGGUCUUUUGUUUAUAUUUUGUUCUGACUUUAAGUUUAACCUUUGUCAAUUGUGAUGAUUGCCCAAAUAUAUGUUCGUGCUUAGGCACUUACAUGGAUUGUUCUAAAAAAGGUUUGACAAAAAUACCAAAUACAUCGCCCAGUUGGGUAGAUUCACUCGAAUUUAGUAAUAAUGCUUUUGCUGGAGAUCCUAGUAAAUCGUUAGCACAAUUAUCUGAAUUGAAAGAACUAAAAUUGAAUAAAAAUUCAUUGAAAACACUUCCUCUUCUAACAUCCAGAUCUCUUGAAAAGCUUUACUUAUCACAUAAUGAUUUAUCAAGCAUAAAUUAUAAAGAAAUUGAACAUUUACCCAGUUUAGUGGAACUCGAUUUGAGCAAUAAUCGCUUUGAUACUAUAGAACACAUGAGCUUUCCACAUCAAAAUGUGUUAAAAAAUUUGAAUUUAAAUAAUAAUCGAAUAAAGUAUAUGAACAGUUCAAGCUUUAGAAAUUUGACAUCAUUGACCGAAUUAAAAUUAAAUCGAAAUAGGAUAUCUCAUUUAUAUAAAGAAGCUUUCAUAAAUUUAUUCUCAUUAAAUACUUUAGAAUUAAAUCGUAAUCAACUGAAAGAAAUUAAUGGAUUGGCAUUUCAAGAUUUAAAAAAUUUAACAUUUUUAAAAUUACGUAAGAAUCAAAUCAGAGAAAUUAAGGAUGGUGCAUUUUAUGGGACAAAAUUAUCACACUUACAAUUAGAUUACAACUCUAUUACUACUGUGCAUAAAGCUGGAUUCUAUGGUCUCAGUACACUUACAACAUUAUCAUUAUCUCACAACCUAAUAUCAAUAAUUAAUGAUUCUGUCUGGGAAUUUUGUAAAAAUAUUAGGGAACUUGAUCUCUCAAAUAAUCAAAUAUAUGCCAUUAAGAAGGGGACGUUUGAAAAUCUUGCUAAUUUGGAAAAGCUACAGCUAUAUAGCAAUGAUAUUGCUUUAAUUGAAGAAAAUGCUUUCUUUUACACCUCAAAAUUAACAUUAUUGGAUUUGGGUAAUAACAAAAUUUCAUGGACAAUUGAAGAUCAAAAUGGACCAUUUGUUGGACUAGAAAUACUGCAAUAUUUAUCUUUAGCAUCAAAUAAUAUUAAAUCCAUUGGAGAAAAGGCUUUCGAAGGAUUAAAUUCACUUAUAGAAUUGGAUUUAACUAAUAACAAUAUUACAUCUGUUUAUGAAAAUGCCUUUUCAGUUUUAGUAAACAUACAACAAUUGCAUAUGAACACAAGUAGUCUCUUGUGUGAUUGCCAUCUACAAUGGCUUAAUAUAUGGUUCCAAAAUCAUCCAGAAAUUAAUGUUGAUCACAAUCGUUGUUCAUACCCUAUAUCACUCUGGGGUGAACCACUGGUAAAGUUAUCAGCUGAAAAUUUGACAUGCAGUGAUUCUCCUAAACCAAAAAUUAUAAGUGAACCUAAAUCACAAAUGGUUAUAAAAGGCGAUAAUGUAUCACUCGUUUGUAAAGCAAGUUCCAGUACAAAUUCAUCCAUGGUGUUCUAUUGGAAAAGAGAUAACUUUGAUAUAAAGAAUGCUGAGGUUACUGAAUUUGAUAGUUCUCCUGAUGGACGCAUUUCUGAAGCUACCUCUGAACUCAGACUAUACAAUGUAAAUCAUGAUGAUGCUGGGAAAUAUCAAUGUAUUGUUGAAAAUAUUUUUGGAAAAACGUACUCAACAAGAUCUAGAAUUGUAGUUGUUACUUAUCCAAGUUUUGAAAGAAUACCGAAGAAUAUUACAGUUAAACCAGGCAACACAGCACGUUUAGAAUGCUCUGCAACAGGACAACCUCUUCCUCAAGUAGCUUGGCGUAAAGAUGGUGGCAAUGACUUUCCUGCAGCUCGUGAAAGAAGGAUGCAUAUAAUGCCGACUGAUAAUGUUUUUUUCAUUACUAAUGUCAAGGUAGCUGAUAUGGGUGUGUACAGUUGUACUGCUAAAAAUCCUGCAGGCAUGAUAGUAGUAAAUGCUACUUUGUCUAUUGAAGAAAUACCUUUUUUUGCUAAACCAAUGGAAAAUAAAGAAGUGAUAGUUGGUGAUGCUAUUGUGAUCGAAUGUAUUGCAGCAGGUACUCCUAAGCCUACUUUACGCUGGCUAAAGGACGAUGGACCCAUUCAGGCUACAAAAAGGCAUUUCUUCACAGCUGAAGAUCAAUUGCUCAUUAUUACAGGAACAGUAAUGAGUGAUGCAGGCACAUAUAUAUGUGAAUUAACUAAUUCAGUUGGAUCAAAGAGAGGAUCCAUGAAACUUAAUGUAAAUCCAGUCAUAGACACAUUUGAUAACUAUAUGAUAGGUGUAAUUGUAAUAUCAGUUGUUUGCUGUGCUGUUGGUACAUCAAUAGGUUGGGUUGUAAUAAUUUAUCAUAUUAGAAAGCGCUUAAAAAAGAAACAAAAUACUAUAGCUGAGGCAAGUCCAGCACUAAUGGAAGAGCCUCAUGCUAAUGUUUAUACUGAUGCAGUAUCUGACCAUUCUAGCUGUAAAGAUAGUGGUACUGGUGAUUCUGAUAAGAGAAGUAAUGAAAUCUUUCCAACAGAUGAUUUUAGUAUUCCUAUAGCCGAUUUAGAUAAAGAAUCCAAAGUUAACAAUAUAAACACAUUAACACAUAAUUCACAACAUAGACAUACAAAUCACAAGCGGUCGUCCGUUCAUUCAUUAACACCUGAAGAGUGUAUUAGUCCACUGCAAAACUAAUCUAAGUUAUAAUGAAUAUAUUAAAUGAAUUGUAUAUAUAGAUAGGAAAAAUAUGACUCAUAUUUAUUUUAGUAACAUAGACUUCAGAUUAAAUGCUAAUUUAUGCUUUAAUGUAUGUUUGUGAUUAUGCAGAAUUUUAGUAUUGUGAUGUUGUGUGAUGUCGCUCUCUGUUUAGAGAUUGCUAUGGGUUUUAUAAAUACACAUACAAUAAAACCGUGUUAAGACGAUUUCUCAGGGACCCACCUAAACACGUCAUAAGUGAGAAAGCAUGUUAGAUAGGAAAAAUAGUAUACCUUCUACUUAGUAUUACUAUGUAUUAUGUUGAUUUUGAUUUUGAAACAUAAAGUAAUUGUAAGACCCAUUGGCACAGGCCAGAACAAUAAGUCUUGAACAAUUCAUUCUUUUGGGCAGGUUUAAAGUUUGUACUUGAUGAAACCAUACCACAAAAACAUUUUCAAAUUUAUAAUUCAUUCAUUCAUUCGUUUGGUACGUAACAUAGAAACUGCUAAUUGAAGUUCAGCAGCUAUAUAAGAUUAAUUUGUUCUUAGUAUCGAAAAUUUUGAAUAUCUUAAUUUUUUUUAAAG